CUAGUUGAAUUCGUUCCCCCCUAAUCUCUUUACUUGUUACUUUUCUAAAAUCUUUUGCAUAAAAAAUGCUACAUGCAUUUAAGAAACUGAACGAUAUUGAUUGACAAAAUGGCAUGUCUAGAAAACAUUGCAAGUGGAUUAUUUCUAAAUGGACUUGAAUGCAUAAAGCAGAAGGAGAGCAGAAGACUAGCGGCAAUCCCGAACAAUUUGCAGAUACGCAUGCGUGGAAGAGGACGCGGCAAGGGAGAGAGGUCGAGGAAGAAAAAGAGAAAAAGAAGGCUAAACGGAGAGAGAAAGAGAGAGAGAGAGAGAGAGAGAGAAAGAGCAUCGUCGUGAAAGAACGACCGUGAGGAUCGGCAAAGUUGUCGGAGCGGCCACCAGCUAGCCAAACCACCAGUCAACCAGUCGGUCGACCUGCUGGCCAAUCAGGCAACCAUGCUCGGUCGACGGUGGCUUAGCCGCAAGUCAGUCAGUCAGUGCGCCGCGAACCUCCGUCGCGUGUCUACGUGUGCUCCGGGGGGGCUUUUAUCGAUAAUGUAAAAAAAAAAAAUAAAAUAAAAUAAAAGAAAAAAAUUAUCACGAUGGAUCGAGAAUCCCGGCGAGACCGAACGGUCCUGCUUGCUACUCACUAUCGCGCUCCGUAAUUACCUGUCACAGGUGGGCGCGCGCUCUCCGAGAUUCACACGAGAUUCAUCUCGUGUCUCCUUUAGCUCCUUUCUACUCGUUCCUCUCGCGUGUGGAUAUGCAUGAUGCGGAUCGAAGUGUAUUGCCGAGUGUGCGAUGUAGGAUCUCUCUAUCUCGUCGGAUUAAAAUACGUACCUGCACGUGAGGGAGAAUAAGAAAGAGAACGUUCGCGCAUAACGGAGGAGAGUGUGAGACAGAAAAGAAGAAAAAGAAUAGAGAAAGUGGAAGAGAAGAAGAGAGGAGCGAUAUGGCGCCCCCCAACAGACCGCCUCGCCCUGGCUCCGGUCUCAGCCUCUCCGUACUCGACCUGGCGCAGAUACGAGCUUUGGUCGAGUCAACGGGGAUGCUGGGCGGAUCCACGUGCCCGUCCUGCGAGAUGCCGUUCGACAAGGGCAAGAAACGUCGUCUGAUCGACUCCUGCGGUCACGAGCGUUGCUACUCCUGCCUGUUUCGCAGCGAGGCCUGUCCGCUCUGCUUGCACGGCUACGAGCUCAAUAACGAUGACGGACUGGAGGAAUCGACUCUCAGGGACGAGCUCGCCGCUUCCACGGCUCCGCUGUCCGUUUUCGCGCCCACAGACGGUUGGCUGGAUGAGUCAUCGACGGUGAAUUCUCUCUGCGGCAGCCCCAGGCUACCACGCACCAAAAUCACCACGAGGGCUAAUCUGCCGUCGCGGGUUAUGCACCAGCGAGCCGGGGUAGAAAAUCUCUCGUUGAUAGCGAUGGGGAAGAACUUGAGAAGCAAACCUGCAGAGCUUCCAGAUCCUUCUAUCUCUCAAGGUCAACAAAAACCUGAAAUGACACAAAGUACAUUGAAAUGUUGUCCCACCCCGCCGAAUCAGCGAAAAAGAUUUUUCUUCAACCCGAAAGUGCUCAGAAGCUCCUUCGCCGCCCAGAGAUCCUCGAGACGCACAGCAUCCUCGCCCGAACCGACUGUGAAUGAAAAUCCUUCCGCGUUAUCAGCUUGGAUGACCUCGUCCUUCGAGGGAAAAGCGAGAUGGCCCGGCGUUGUUUUGGGAAAGAUCAAGUCUCUCUGGAGCAGCAGUCAAGGCACGGCUAGCGACGGGCUGAAUCAGCUCAUCGGCUCGUCGGGCAAAGUCGCAGAUGACGAGGGCGGUUGCGUGAAACCGCUGUCUUCGAAAACCAGGAAGUCGUCGCAGUCGGAUUUGUACAUGAGACUAGGCCUGCUAUUGGGAUCCGGUCGAGCGAACGCGAGCGCGGAAUCGAGUGGGUGUCCCUCCUCGCGAGCCCCAGCAGCCCAGGGACAUGACAGCUCGGCGGCUUCCUUCAGCAGUCUGACCAGCUUCGAGACGCAGACAUUGGCCUCGACGAACACGAGUCCGGUCUCGACGUUGACGGGCACGUCAAGCGAAGCGGAGGCCGCGGCGGCGCUGCGAUGUCCCGUCAAACCGAAGACCAAGGCCAAGGGAAAGACUAAGUCUAGGGACUGCGACAGCGCCGGUAGCCUGGCGUCUAUCUCCACGUCAUUAUCCGCGUCCACGUCUAUGUCCAUGUCUAUGUCAGUGUCUGUCUCUGGUCUCUCGAACGGUAGCGGUUCGAGUCCGCUCGCGUCUAGAAGGCACUCAGCAAAUGCCGCGCAGACGAGCCAGACCGACGAACUUGGCCAGCUGAGAAACAGACGGUCUUGCGCCCGGAGAUCAGCGAGAGCCGGCAACGUCAAGGGUCCGGCGGACGCUAAACUACGUUUCGUUCAGCAUCACGCGGCGCAGUUGACCUUGAAGCCAUUGUUCUUUGAAGUACCGUUAUUAGAGGAGGAUCCGCUUUUCGCCGGACGGCAAUGGCUGUUACACGAAUUAGAAUCUGUGAUCAAUGGUUCUAGUCCCGGCAUUCUGAUCUCCGGAUCGCCGGGCACGGGAAAGACCGCGCUUGUGCUGCAAUUGGUGGAACACAGUUGUUUCGGGAGAAGAAGGGAACAGAUGGGAAGAUCCUCGGAAGUGAGCGAGGAAUGCGACGAGAAAGAGAGGCAGAGUAAUAACGCGACUCUUCAAGCUAAUAUUCGAUAUACCAACGAAAAGGUUCGCGAAUUAGCUUCGCACGUCGUGGCGUAUCACUUUUGCCAAGCCGACAACAAUAGUACCUGUCUAGUGCCGGAUUUAAUUCACUCGCUAGCGGCGCAACUCUGCCAGGCUCCUCAAUUGAUCUCGUAUAGAGAAUAUCUGCUAUCCGAACCUCAUCUUCAGGGCUCACUAUCGCAAAGAGAAUGCACCGUCGAUCCAGAUCUCGCACUCUCGAGGGGUAUUAUCGAACCGCUCUCGACCUUGAAGAAAGCCAAUAGACUACCAGUCUCGAAUAUGGUAAUAUUAAUCGAUGCUGUUUGUGAAGCGGAAUAUCACAGACCAGAUAGAGGCGAUACUAUAGCUUCUUUCCUGACGAGGCAUGCACCUAACAUUCCCAGUUGGUUGAAGAUUGUUUGCACUGUCAGGACGCAGUUGCUCGACUGCGCGAAGCAAUUGCCAUACACAAGGGUUUCGUUAGACAAGACUGCGAAUGAUGCGAUUGGUAACAGUAUCGCGAAAGAUCUGUCCGAUUACGUCGGUUACAGACUCGCGCAGAGUCCAUCCAUACAGGCGAACGUGACUGCAUCGGUGAACGGCAAGGCGGAAUCAUCGUGCAGCGCGAAUCAGACAAGAUUCGCCUCGCAUCUGCUUGCGCUAGCUAAAGGCAGUUUCCUCUUCGCCAAGCUGUCGCUCGAUCUUAUCGAGAGCGGUCAUUUAGUCGCAAAAUCUGCGAGCUAUAAGGUACUACCGGUUUCUCUCGCGCAGAUCUUUCAAUUACAUUUUAACUUGAGAUUUCCUACGGUAGCCUCGUUCGAUAAAGUGCAGCCUCUUCUGGCCGUCUGUUUGGCAGCUCUGUAUCCACUGACCUUACCUGAAAUUUUCUAUUCUGUAAAUUCUUUAAAUGUAGACCAUUUUAUCUCAUGGGAAGACUUUUUACAAAGAUUUAAGAUGCUCUCUGGUUUCCUUGUGAAACGUCUAGACAAUACCUAUAUGUUCUUUCAUCCGUCGUUCAGGGAAUGGUUGAUGAGGAGGGACGAGGGGGAAUCGACAAAGUUCCUGUGUGACUACAGACUAGGGCACGCGGCGAUAGCGUUCAGACUAUCCCGUCUUCAAGCGCCGUUAGACGGUGACAAAGCCUUGGAACUGGGUCAUCACGUAUUGAAGGCGCACGUUUAUAGAGGCGUAGCUCCAUGCUGGCCUUCGCGCGAUUUACAAGCUAUCUGGUUGACUCUGUCGACCGAAUGCAUCUCUUCGGCAUUAUGCACGCUUCGGAAUAUCUACAGUCCAAAUGUGAAGGUAUCGCGGUUGCUCCUGCUGGCGGGCGCAUCGCCGAAUCACAUCACUGAGUAUCUGGGUAACGCACCAGCUUUAUGUAUGUACGCGCACGAAGGUUUUGUCGAGAUGGUAUCUCUUCUUCUUGAAUUCGGCGCCGAUGUCGAACUGACCAAUAGCCAAGGUUGUACGGCGUUAUCGCUGGCAGCUGCUCGAGGGCACUGCGACGUUGUCAGAAGAUUGGCUGCCGCUGGAGCCUUGUUAGGACACGCGGACAUGGCUGGCCAAUGUCCUCUAGUGCAUGCGGCGAAGCACGGAAGACUGUCCGUGGUUGGAUAUCUUCUUGCUUGCGACUGGGUCCUGCCAAUCGGUGAGAAUAGGCCGGAAAGCGGUACCUCGGAAAUAGGCAGAGAGGAAGCCGCCCAACAAGCCGUCGUCGCGGCCGCUUCGCAGGGCCACGAAGCUGUCGUGGAAUAUCUUUUAGACAUGGCCGAAGUGAUUGUGGAUCGUCCCGAUACGUUGAUAGGCGAGACUGCUCUAACGAUUGCCGCCGCUAAUGGCUCGACCGCAACAGUUUCCGCACUCUUGGCCCGCGGUGCUAAUCCUGCAGCUGUAAAUGCAAAAGGCCUUUCUCCUCUCAUGCUCGCCGCCAAGGAAGGUCAUUGGGGUACUGCUGAGCGACUUUUACAAGGAGAUUUAUCCACUAGCACGGACGUAAUAUUGGACGAAGCUAUAUCGCUCCUUGAACAACGCGAUCCCGCUGGUCGUACCGCGUUAAUGCUGGCCGCUUCCGAAGGCCACACCAAUCUUAUCGAAUUGUUUCUCGAUAAAGGAUCGAUUUUAGAAACGAGAGACAAGGAAGGACUCACUGCCCUCGGCUGGGCUUGCGUUAGAGGACGCGUAACUGUUGUACAGAUGUUGCUCGAUCGCGGCGCCAAUUUUGGUACGAACGAUAAUACUGGUAGAACUCCUUUGGAUUUGGCCGCAUUCCAGGGUAAUCCAAAACUAGUACAGUUGUUACUCGAGAAGGGAGCCGCGGUGGAACACGUCGAUCUUCACGGCAUGCGUCCUCUAGACCGUGCUAUCGGAUGUCGCAAUAUUCCGGUGGUCCAAUGUUUUUUGCGUCGUGGUGCCAAACUGGGUCCCGCCACGUGGGCUAUGGCGGCGGGAAAACCGGACGUUUUAAUAAUUCUGCUGAAUAAGCUUUUAGAAGAUGGCAAUGUCUUGUAUCGAAAGAACAGAUUGAAAGAAGCGUCGCAUCGAUACGCGUAUGCUCUUAGAAAAUUUCCAGCCUCACCGGAGGAAGAUUGCCAAGGGCAAGAACAAGGUCACAUGAUGCUGCAGCUUCAAACCUUUACGCAGCUCCGAUUGAAUUUCCUUCUAAAUCUCAGCCGAUGCAAGCGCAAGAUGAACGAAUGUGUCGAAGCCAUCGAACUCGCCGACGAAGCUCUCGGCGUUCGUUCCGUUUCUUAUGAAGCGUUCUAUGCCAGAGCUAAAGCUCGCGUAGAUCUAGGUUUGUUCGAAGACGCCUUGUCAGAUGUUCAAGAAGCUCUUCAAAACGCACCGGCUCACAACAGACAAGAUCGUAGAGUACUCGCAGCCUUGAAAGACGAAAUCAUCUCUCGGAUCGAUGGCACUGGAACCAAUAAAGGGCACGAAGAUUAUAUUGCCAGAUCGCGCCUUCGAGCGUCAGUGGAUACUCUUACAGAGUUAUAACGUUACUUGAAUUAAGAUAUUCGAAUAAGUUAAGUUUAUACAAAUCUAUUCGAUUCACAAGCGCAAUAAUAAAAUAAUAAAAAUAAUGAUAAUUUACGCUUGUUAUAAUCUAUGAUGCAAUUUACGACCGUAUUUAAAGAAAUGGUCAAACAAACUUUAUUCAAGUUUAAAAUUUCCUAAAGAUUUAAAGGUCUUUGCGUUUGUGGUUAUCGAGUGAUAACGACUCAUUGUGAAAAAUUAGGAAACUAUAUCUUUAAUAUUGAGGUGCUUCUGUAUCAUAAAUACAUCUCUAACAUAAUGGCGCUCUUGACGCGCAGUUUUAACAUGCUUUCACUAAAUACAUUCGAAUAACUUAUUAUAUAGAUAUUUAAUCCUUAGCAUUGCUCAGAGAAUUCAACACAAAAGGUUCGAUCAAAUUUACGUCCUGUGCUAAAAAAGAGACAGAACGAGUUUCUCUUUUUUUUUAUCAAAAAUGUAUAAUCGAAGAUAUAAGUGUUAAACGAUUUGCGAGCGGAUUUCUAACAUUUGUAGCUUACUUUUAAAUUAUCAAUAUUUUACAAUUUUAUAUGGAUAUAUUUAUAUUAUAUUUAAUAUGCAAAAUACAAUUGUAUUAAAAAUCAGUUUUGAAUAAAGUUUCUACGACGAUUAUAUUAUUACGAAUUGUACGCGUUAUCCUGUAAGAUGUACUUGAAAAAACAUUUUCUUCAGUAUUCUUACAAUAUCUACGGAUCUUGCCAAGUAAAAGUAUUUUUAGAGCUUAUAAAAAUUGCUGUAACAAAAGCGUGCUGAUUUAACAGCAUUGUCCGGUAAAAUUCGUCAAUCAAAUUGUCAUCAUAAUCAUUUACAUAUCAUCAUUUUAUUAGAAAUAAAUUGUAAUAUAUCAAUCGAUGAUACGUUGAGAUUGUCAAUUAUUAUUAUCAUGUAAAUUAUUUGGUAUUUAUGUAGCUGGCAAAACACUGACUAAAAUGUUGUUUGUUUGAAUAUUCAUUUUAAACGUGCGAUUUUAAGAUGUUGGACGCCUUCUAUUAUGAUGCGAGCUUAAAUAUUGUAUGAUAUAUUGUAUGAUUUGGAGUGAAAUAUUGUAUGAUUUUUUAUUUGAUUAUAUAAAUUGAAUAAAAAUAUAUAUACAGUAGACCCUCGUAUAAUGUCGGGCAUAUAUUUUAUGAUUUUAUGUCAUAUAAUGUUUAUGGAAUGUAUAGUUUGAAAAUAUGUUGUUAUAAAAGAAACAAAAUUUGAAAUUUAUCUACCGUAUAUAUAAAACUGAUUUAUCACGUUAUAAAAAUACACUCUCUAUACAGGGUUUUAUUGUAUAUAUAUAUAAUCACAUGUGUAUUAUGUCAGUAUAAUACACUAACAUAAUUAGCCUUAUGGAAUGUCAUUUUAAUUUAAAUAAAUUAUUCAAUUUGCUUUUUGAUAUCAGUAUUUUAUAUAUUAUAAAAUGAAAAAAAUAUAUGUUAUAUAUAUGUUAUAUGCAACAUUCUUAUUAAUUAAUUGAAUGUCGAACGCGCAUAUGUAUAAUUAUAAAUCAUAUAUAAUAAUUUUAAAUUUUGCAGCUAUAGAAUAGUCACAGACAUCCGCACUCCGAACAUGAGAAAUAUGCGAUAUUAUUAACCUCGCAGUAAUAUUUAUAAUAUUUACGUCUUGCCAAGCGUAUAUAAGGUAUCGCGAAAAUUCCGAGUUCCUUGACCAAUUGAAAAACAGUUAUAUCAAAUGUUAUUGACCCCGUCAUAAUGAACAAUGGUGUCAAAUAAAUUAACUUUUUAUUGA